GCUCAACACAGGAAGUUGAAUUAUCAGCUGAUCCUGCUGGCUGUUGUUGAUGCCUGAAGUUGCUGUUGUUUGGACACUGUGUUGCUCUUAUCUGCUCCUGACAUUGAAGAGACGUAAACUCAAGAGAGGGACGCUGUGGGCAUUUAUCGACUGAAGGGCUUCUAAAGAACAAAAGAAGCAUUUCUCAGUGAGGACUUGAAUUUACGCAGCAGCGACAGGAGAGCUAGCUGCUGAGCUUGAACCUUCGGUAAAAAGAAGAGCAAAACAGCCGACGGCUUGGCGUGUUUGCUUUGUUUAUGUCGUGCCAGUCUGAACAUAGAAAAACUCGUCGUCCAGACUCAAUUUUUUGUACUGUAAUACAUUAUUUAUAUUUGUACAUUAUUUCCAUAACACGGGGAGCAGCUAGCUUGUCAGCUAAUAUUAGCGCAUAGCGCAAAGAAACAGUCUUGUUGUCAACCUCUGAUGCUUUCGUAACCGGCCGACAAACACUGGCAGAUAACGGCAGAGCACAGGGGAAAAAGUCGGCUUACAGAAAUGAUCAUCGUGCCUCAGUGUUUUUGUCUUGAGUGAAGCUAGCUCGGGCUUUGUGUUGGAGACAGGACGCAGCUGGAAGAAAAACAACAAGACGUCUUUAUCUGCCAGACAAGCUCAUUCGUGACUUUAAAUCGAUUUAGUUUAGUUAUUAUUUCUUACAUGCGUGUCGGCUUAUUGGCACACAAACAAGUCAUAGGUGGACAGGUAUCUGGCCUUGUAGGUUUCAGGUUGGCAGGUUGCGUAAUUUGUUUGUGUGGACGCUGUCAGCCUCUGUGGUGCAUCUGUUCAACUGCUAUUUCAAACCUUUGUUUCUUGUUUGCCUGUGGUGCUCAUCCUCAGGUGGUGUUGUGGAUGUCAUUUUAAGUAUUGUACAUAUUUGAACAUUCACCCUUGACACUGCUGUCAUUUCAGUCACAUAUGACAUGUGAUAUAGUGACUGUUUUUUUUUACUGUAACACACAGGUUUAGUAGCUGCUUGAUGCUCACACUCAUGAGUUUGUUCACUUUGGGAUUGUAGGUAGAUUGACUUAUGAAUUAAAGUAGCUAUCCGAAGCAAAAGUGAGACGGCGUCGGGAUAAGGGAGAGAAAGGCAAAAAGAAAGGGUCCCCCUGAGGGUCCCAUUGUGUCUUGAGGUGAGCUGCCCCCCACUACUUGCCAAUGCUGGAUUUGGAGGUGGUGCCUGAGAGAUCACUAGGAAAUGAGCAAUGGGAAUUCGCCUUAGGUGAGUUUUUACUGAACUUCCAGAAUUACAAAUACUGACUCACAUAGAAGGAGGUGUAAACAGUUAUUCAUUGGUGUCUGAAGGAGUGGUUGACUGAUAUUGGUUUGAGGUAAAUAGUUGGAUAAACACAAUAAUCACAUGAAUCAUACUCAUUGUAUUCUAAUAUAAAGGGUUAUCUUAUCAGAAACAUGUUUUUAUUGAACUAAAAAUGAAAUCCUGAAAUAAAAAAUAUAUAGUGUUAAGCUACUAAAUUUGAAUUGCCCUCUGGGAUUAAAUAUCUAUCUAUCUAUCUAUCUAUCUAUCUAUCUAUCUAUCUAUCUAUCUAUCUAUCUAUCUAUCCACUGAUAUCAGAGUAUGACUGAAGUGAAACUGCUACAAGUUAGGAGAUUAAUUUGCAUUAAUAUGUUGUCAUUUAGGAUGGUGACGGGUGACAUUUGAGCAAAUGUUUAGAACAGGAUGCAUACUGGUAAUAGUACAGGCACAGGGCUCAAAAGAACAUUUUCACCACCUUCCCAGUGUUCCUUUACAGCAGCCGCAUUGACAGAGCUGUUUGCAGUGUCUGCAGACAUUGUUUAUUUUUGCUUUUCAUCAGCCUUGUGAAGGCAGGCUUUGGCCAAUACUGAUUAUUUCAAGAUGCCAUCAACUGUCCUGAUGAGUCAGCCAACCAAUCAGUCUACCCCUGUCCUGAUGCCACAUCCAAAUUAUUAGUCUUCCUGAUGAAAAUAUUGUCAGCAAUUUAUGGAUCUGAACGAGAUUAUGGUGCUUCUUGUAAUUUUUCUUUGUUUUUCAUUUGCUAAAUGGAUAUAUUUGUUUCCAGGGAUGCCAUUGGCCCAGGCCAUAUCUAUUCUUCAGAAACACUGCCGCAUCAUCAAAAAUGUCCAGGUGCUAUACAGUGAACAGGUAAAAUGACAGAGUGUCAACUUUUUAAUGUUUUUUCUCUGACAGAAAAUGUUAAUCAGCAUGUUCAGGAAACUCCUCUUUAGGGCAGUAGAACAAGUUUUUUGUGUUUUUUAGAGGUAUUCCUGUCAGGCAGCAGUUAAACCAGUACUAGUGGGACCUCUUAUACUUUUUUGACAGUUUUGAUCAAUUUCCUGCUCAAAAGCUCAUCACUGAUGUAGUCAUUUUUCUGUGUAUGUGGGCACUGUAGAUAAAAGAAUUCCCAUCAAAUAUGACGAAAGGUUGUUGCCAUUGCACAGUUUGUCCAACAGAGAGCACUGAAAGCUCUAUUUACAAAGAUGAAGUGUCCCUCCUAUCACUCAUCUUGGUCAAGAAGUAUAUAAGCAGUAAAAAGUCUUGAUGGUAUUGUUAGGUUUGGUUUAUGUGUAAACAGGUUCGGCAUCUGUAUUUUCAAGACCGUACAAAUCAGCCUCCGUAUUUCUCCAUCAGUGAAUCUAAUUUUAAAGUCUUCCCACAGGUUUGAUGCUAAAAAUAUGAGCAGCCAGGGAGUUUGUUUCCGAAAUACUUUGAAUCUUCGACUCUUGAUGUAUUCAGCUGAAUGAACUCAAACUGACAUCAAACACACUCGAUGGGAUGUGUCAGUCUUAGUUUGUGUGUUGAGUCUCCGAACUAAAAAGUAGGGUUUGUUUACUUUGGGCCCAUCCAUCAGGUCAUACCACCCUCCACCUCACCUCUCUGUUAACUAGUUUGCUUCUCUCCCGCCCAGACGCCACUCAGCCAUGACCUCAUACUGAAUUUGACUCAGGAUGGGAUUAAACUGCUGUUUGAUGCCACAAAUCAGAGACUCAAGGUGAAAAAAAUGGUCAUUUUGGUGUGUGUGCAUGUGAGUGUGAAUGCCUGUGGUGGUAAAGAUGUUAGACUGCCCUGCCUUGUGAAUUACAUGUAAUUCAUAAUUAGUAUCCAAACUAUUGUCAUCCUUCUGUGUAACAGGUGAUUGAAGUGUACGACCUGAGCAAAGUUAAGUUGAAAUACUGGUAAGUAGAAAUCUAAAGCACCUCAUGUAAAACGGGCUAAAUAUGGUGGUCUGUGUGUAUACCAGGGGUAGGAAAAAAUCGAUACAGCAUGGUAUCGCGAUAUUUUGUCUGGUGAUAUAUCUUAUUGUCUCAUUUACCAAGUAUCAAAGUCAAAUCUAUGAUAAUAGAAAAAUAAAACCAACUGUUUGUCCAGUGAGGUUAGCAGAGGUGACAUCAUAGAACAGGAGAAAGUUCGUACAACAAAUAUAUAUGAGGUUUGCAAGAUGUGCUACAUGCAAAUAAAAAAACUGUGUAAAUAAGACAAACAUAAAGGAAAGACAAAUGCUAAAUUAGCUAAACAGGGGAAAAAUUAUAUAAAUUGCAAUAUAUUGUACCGCAGUACUCACUGUAUUGCAAAAUGUUAAAAAUCACAAUAAUAUCGUAUCGUGGCCCAAGUAUUGUGAUAAUAUUCUAUCGUGGGGCCACUGAUGAUUUCCACCCCAAGCAUAUACUAUACAUAUAAUGUUGCCAAAGAGAUUGUGAUUAGCUCCAAGCCACAGACAGGCAGCUACUCAGUGAGAGAUAUCACAGUAAUAAAAUCUGCCUGUUUCAGAGUGUAUCUCUGUCUGUGUGUGAUUGACUUUCAGUAAAACCUAUUUGACUCCUCUGGCAGUAGCUCUUCAUCAAAUGCACAACAAUCUUUGUGAAUGUCAAUCGAUGUAACACAGGCUCUUUGUGUAUGUGUUGUGUUUAAGUGGAGUCCAUUUCAACUCUCAGGCCAUUGCCCCCACUAUAGAGCAAAUUGACCAAUCAUUUGGAGCUACGCACCCUGGAGGUACUUAACAGAUCACACAAACACAUGGAGGAUGUUUGCUGUCACACAUGCUGUAAACAUACUGUAUAUCACACUUUACUAAUCCUUUUAUUCUGAACCUUUCCCUCCCCACCUUCAGUUUACAAUGCUGCAGAGCAGCUGUUCCAUCUCAACUUUCGAGGCCUGUCCUUCUCCUUCCAACUGGACUCAUGGAAUGAAGCUCCAAAAUAUGAGGUGAGUAUGAUGAUACUGAUUUUGCUUGUCAGCUCUGUGAAGAAAGGCUGAGUGGUUGUGUAUUCACAUCCUAAGGGAAUCAGGGCAGCCUUGUGAUUAAAGUAAUUACCCUUCAUAUGGACAGUCUGAGGUCAAGCUCUAAAAGCAUGUUCCUAAAUCCCUCUAAGCUAUGUGUUGUUGCAUCCUUAUAAUAAAUCAUCAGUGACUGGAUGAGGAACAUAAAUGCAUGCAGGGAAUAGGACUUUAUUUUUGUUUGUUGAUUAUUUUCUCUUAUUUUUCUAUGACAAAUCUUCCAAUGAAUCGAGUAUAAAUUCCAUUUUUUAUUACUCAGAUGUCAAAGACUCAGUGCAGUGUUAUGUAAGCAGUAAAAUUCUGACUGCAGCAGGGAGUUUAGAGAUUUGGCAGCAACAGUUUAUGCUGAAGUUUUACAAAACAACACAGACUCCUGCUGAAAAUGCUGCAGACACAACCAGCAAUCUACAUUCUUCCUCAAUAAAGUGAAGAAUAAAGAUUUGAGUUUGUGGCCUGUUUUGCUGUUUGGACUGUACAGCUGUAGAUGUCUUUGAUGCAUGUCAUGAACCAGCUGCUCUGCUGUCUGCUUCUCUCUGCUGCUUGCUUGCUACUGUGAGCACACACACAUUAUGUGGUGACAUCUUUAUUACUCCCAUGGAUGAUUUCCCUUAUCCCAUUGAUUUGAGUGUGGCAGAUUAUCACAUCUUAUUUGGUUGCACCAACAUAUUGAUAAUGCGAUUGUAAAGGCAUUGAUUCUCCUAAGCCCUGAAAAGCCAUCCUCGUGUUCGCUGUUUGUCUGUACUUGCAUUCAGUUUCAAAGCUGAGUUAUAAUACUUACAUCUCUCUGCCCAAGGCUCCUGUAAGCAUUGUAUUCUUUGUAGACAGGUGACUGGGUGUUACAAGGGGGAAUCACUGAAGACUGCAACCUUUACCUUAGGUAUUAGAAUGACUCAUCUGUAGCUGCCCUGCCUGUCCGUUGUUGUUUGUGGACUUGAAAAUACACCAAAAAUAACACACUGAGGGUAAACUGCUGAGUCACAAUGAAUGUUGUUUGGAGACAGGACUUCUCUUAGUACAAACUUUUCGACCAGACAGAGAUCCAAGCAGGAUUCAAGUGUAGUGUGUGACCAAUAAAUGGAAACAUGAUGUUUGACUUUUCCCCUGAAUAACAGAGGUAUUUAGGUCAGCCUGUGUUUUAAACUCCAUUGCUUAACUCAAUGGCACUUCGUCAUAGAUGAACACAUUUUUCUGCCCUUGACAAUCUUCUUCUUGCAUAGUGUCUUGUCAGUGUGUGGGACUCUUUUCAGUGUGCACACACAAACUCAGUUUACAUCUUGUACUUGUACUACUCCCAGUUGUUUUGCCUUGGCAGCCUAACUUUGCCAUGGGUUUGGCCUCCCUGCAGAUUCCACAUGGGGCAAUGGUCAAGAGGAUGCACAUCUACACUGGCAACAACCUACAAGAAACAAGGUAACAGACAAGCAGAUAAAUGAACACUGGCCAUCAUACCUCUUCAUUAGUGUGUCACAACAUGUCUUUAUUUUAUUUGUCUUCGUGAGUUUAACUCGAUCUUCAUCAAACACACAAGGGAAAAGGAAACAAAGAAGUCCUCAGAUCUAAAAAAAAGUUUUGAAAAGGGUAGCUUCUAAUAAGUUAAAAUUAAUAUAUAUCUUUUUUUUCCCUCUGUCCUCAGAGCUCCAGUCAUGCCGUUGGCUUGUUUCCUUGGUAACAUAUAUGCAGAUGGUGUGGAUGUCCUGAGAGACCAUGCAGGGCCUCUUGGACUUAAACUUCGCCUUCUCACUGCAGGUAACAUAUGCCUCCUACACCUCUGACUUAUUGAUGUUUUCUUUAUUCUUCAUGUAGUUUUGCUGAAUUUCAUAAAAAUUUGAAUCAUGUUGAUUUGGUUUCAUAGAUCGUCAGCACUGUCACACUGCUGUCCCACAGUGUCUUUGUACAAAGUUUUCCAGGGUUGUUUGAGCCAAGGAAGUGCAACAUUUCUGCAGACAGUGCAAGUUUCACACAUACAUCCUGCCAGCUCAGUCAUUUAAACACACUUUUUCUCCUCUGCCAAGUCUCUGAUACUAACUCUAAUGACUGAUAAAUUCACCCAACUAUUCACCUUAGAACCAUGUGUACAGGUGGUGAAACAGAGGUGGAACAGUCCUGUCCUGGACAGAAAAAAGGCUACAGAUUUAUCUACAGACGCCUGACUGGAUUAAAUAUGUGUAAAUGUGUGGUACUGACCUGUGUUAAGCAGUCCUCAUUCACUGAGACACUGAUUGUAAUCGCUAUAUCUGACCACGUUUGAAUUUUUAUUUAUAACAAUAUUUUUAUUUAAAUUUAAAAGUGCAAACAAGGUAAAUAGUUUUUGGUCUAGUUUUUUCAUGAACAAUAGUACUGGAAAUAAUAUGAACAAUAUAAAUAAAUAUAGUAGUACUGAUAUUAGAGUCGUCAAAGUUAUAAGUAAAUGAAAGUACAAACUGCAGUGGGAUCAAAAUAAAGAAAAAAAAUAUGCAGAGCACAAACAUACACAAACAGUAAUGAUAAUAAUACAAAGUUGAGUUAACAACUCAGAAAGUAUACUUAAGUGUAAGUGUGCUGAGAGGGUACAUACCCCCUCCUCCUGCCCAUUCAUCCCAUGAGCCAUGUUUGGCAAAAAUAAAUAAUUAAAUAAUAAUAAAUUAUUAUUAUUAUUAUUAUUAUUACAUAAGUGAAUAAAUAAUAAUAGUUAUAAUAAUAAUAACAAAAUAAAUAAGAUAAUAGUGGUAAAUGAAAACACACUCACAUUAAAAGAUAGUCCAAUAUUAAUAAUAGCAAUAAUAUGAGAUAUAAAAAAAUGAUAUAAAAUUGUUUUUUAAAUAAAGUUGCAUAGAAUGUAGGUGUAAAUCCAGUACACAAGAAAGAGAAAAGGUUUCAGCAUCAGUCCUCACAUUUUAGUUGCAAUGACGCAUCAAUAAAAGCUUGUUUCACUUGUUUGAAUUGUGUUCCUUGUUGAUAAUCUGGGGAACAGGUUAUUUACUUCUUGUUUGAAUGUGUUUGGUGCAGGUUGUGGUCCAGGUGUGAUGGCUGAUGCGAAAGUCAGGUCUAUUGAAAGAAACAUCUAUUUUGGGGACUCUUGUCAGGAUGUUCUGGGUGCUCUGGGCUCACCACAUAAAGUCUUUUACAAGUCUGAGGACAAGGUAGGAAAACUGUUACUUGUGGUGUUGUUUAGUUGAAACUAAUUGAAGUAUCCCUGUUCAACACGAGUGUUCCUUUAUCAAACCAAAACAGUAGACCCUGUUAAAUUAUGACCUACAGUACUCUAUAUGUUUAGUGCAAAUGCUUCUCUCAUGUAGCACAUCUUACAAACCUUUCAUAUAUUUGUUGCACUAACUUUCUCCUGCUCCAUGAUGUCCCCUCUGCCAACCUCACUGGACAAACAGUUGAUUUUAUUUUUCCUUUAUUGUAGAUUUGACGUCAUAUUAAAAAUUCAUUUGAAAAAAUCAAUACUUGAUGAGAUGAUACAAUAUAUCACAAGACAAAACAUUGUAUCAAUUUUUUCUCCCACCCCCAAACAAACUGCCUUUUUUUUGUUACAGUUGUAGAGUCAUAAACUUUUCAAAUAAAAUACAUUUAUUUCAAGAUGUUCUUUUUUGUUUAACCUACCACUUCAAUCAAGUUCUUGUCUAAUAACCCCAGGUACAAAACAGUACACACUGUCCGGUACAGCAGAAGAACCACAGACGAUCAAAGAUAAAAAGUGACUCAUAAAGCAUUUUAAACACCACAGAUACAAACAGAAGCCCAUUAAAUUAUGGCACUUGAAAUUUCCAGAAUAAAGCCAAAACUUGCCAAAAUGUAGUGAUAAUGGUACUGAAAUAAAGUUGUUAUUUUACUAGACUAAAGAGAGAGGGAGACUCAAAUAUUUGAGAAUGAAGUAGUCAGAGGUAGAGGUCCGGCAAAAGACAAGACUUUGUCUCUGCUGAAUAUGAAACAAGUCAGUUUAGGCAUUAGAAAUGAAGCCUUAUACUUACAUUUCUGUGCUCUUUGUUUCCUUUAAGAUGAAGAUCCACUCUCCAUCACCUCACAAACAAGUUCCCUCUAAAUGUAACGACUACUUCUUCAACUACUUCACCCUCGGAGUGGUAUGUGGCUCAGUCAAAGCCUGAUUGUCUGUCUGUUUAUAUGUUUUGAAAGUACUGUUUUGUUCUUCUUUGUGUUAAUCUGGUUAAACUGGGACAUUUCAUUCUGUGUGCUGAAACGGAUCCUUUCUUGAAGCCAAAGAACAGGGAGGGAAAGAGUUGGAAUCACUUGUAAGUGCCCGCAGUGAAAUUCCUCUUGCUAUCCUGAGAGGACAGCUUUUACACUGUGAGGGAGUUUGAAGGGGAAGUGGUUGAGGAUGGGAGCUCCACGCCAUAAUGUCUCACUGCUGCUGCUACUGAUGUUGCACAAGAUUUGAGCGGACCUACAUAACUUACCGUGGGCUUGUGGAAAAUCUUUUUACCUCCGCCAAGGAGGUUAUGUUUUCGGUAGCGUUGGUUUGUUUGUUUGUUUGUUUGUUUGUCUGUUAGCAACUUUACGGAGAAAGUUACAGACGGAUUGACCUGAAAUUUUCACCAGAGGUGCGUCUCAGCCCCAGGAGGAUCCCAUUACAUUUUGGUGGUGAUCUGGACAAAAUUCUGGAUACUGUGAUCCAGAACACACAAAAAUAAGGGUGUUGUUGGAAUUUUCUAUGCUGAAAGAUAAACAAUGGGCGGCACAGUGGUGUAGUGGUUAGCACUGUUGCCUCACAACCAGAAGGUCAUGGGUUCAAAUCCCGGUCAGGGCAUAUCUUGUGUAAGGGGGGGACAUGAGCUGCUUGGCGGAGGUCAGCGCUCUCCGAGUGCUUUUCUAUUGUUUUCGGUAGCGUUGGUUUGUUUGUUUGUUUGUUUGUCUGUUAGCAACUUUACAGAGAAAGUAACAGACUGAUUGACCUGAAAUUUUCACCAGAGGUGCUUCUCAGCCCCAGGAGGAUCCCAUUACAUUUUGGUGGUGAUCCGGACAAAAUUCUGGAUACUGUGAUCCAGAACACACAAAAAUAAGGGCGUCGGUGUGUAGAUGUGUGUGGGGUGUAGAUAGGCGGCAUAGUGGUGUAGUGGUUUGCACUGUCGUCUCACAACCAGGAGGUCAUGGGCUCGAAUCCGGGUCAGGGCAUACCAGUUUAAAAGUUAAUAAAAGACACAUUAAGUUAAAACUUUGGUGUGAAUCACAAUAUAAGGGGGGACAUGAGCUGCUUGGCAGAGGUUUGCCCUCUCCGAGUGCUUUUCUAGUUUCAACUGAAUUUGUACAUACCUAUGAAAUCUUUUUUCAAAUCAGUGAAACAUCACAUUUUGUAGUGAAUUAUUGGAAGUGAAGUGUGUGUAAUAAUGUAACAGCGAGAGGAGCACUUCAGCUCAAGUGAGCUUCUUUGGAUAUUCAUCAUGGGGCCGAUUGUGUUCUGUCUGUUUUAAACCAUACUGCACAGAAACAUCACACCCUUCAUUUUUUAUAGCAGAGCUUUGUCAGAAACUGCUCUUCAGUCUUUCUCCCUGAGUCAGCUCAUUUGUUUAAGUGGAGCAGCUUCCUCUUCAGACCUGUUUUUACAUAAGGUCGAACUCCUUUCUCUCUGUUCAGCCCUCAGCUGCUUACACUGGCUGGGUGUGAAUUCUUAGGAGCACUAUCUGCAUUUCCUCCUCACUUCAUUCUCACCUGAAAAGCCUUUAGUGAGCUGGUCUGAUCAAAUUUUUUGUGCAAAAUAAAUGUCAAAGAUUGUGUUUUUUUUAUUUUGCAGGAUAUCCUGUUUGACUCCACAACACACCUGGUCAAGAAGUUUGUUCUUCAUACCAACUUUCCUGGACAUUACAACUUCAAUAUGUAAAUACUAUUUUACCUGUCAUUCUUCAAUCCUCUCUGAUUCCUUCACACUUGUCUCAGCCCUGCUCUCUUUCUUUAACAUGUGUCAUUGUCCCCACCCUAGAGCAACAUGAUGGUAUCAGACAAACAGGGCCUCCAUUUGUCUCUUAUAUAUCUCUGUCACAGUGAAAUUGAAGCUUUUAUUCUAACAUUCUGUUCGUCUCAUCGCUAUGCUCUCUCAUCCCAGAUAUCAUCGAUGUGACUUUAAGAUUCCUCUGGUCAUUAAGAAAGGUGAGACAGUUUUCAGUCAUGAAUUCUUCAAAGAAGCAGUGAUGAUGUUUAUCUAAUGUCUGUUCUGUGUCUAUGUUAUUGUGCCCCUGUGCUUCAGAAGGAGCUGAUUCUCAGACAGAGGACUGCAUCUUAACCACCUACAGCAAGGUCAGUUCAAGAGUUUAUGAGCUGCAAAGGACAGUUUAGACGGUGCAUUCAAGAUAAGAAUGUCACAACUACUUGCAGCAAAGUGGUCCACAGGCUGAAUCAACACUUUUGAUUUUCCUGUUCAACAUGACCAGUUUAAAGAGGGGUUUGUUAGCGGCUUACAGGCAACAGCACAGAGCUGCAUAUCUGUAAGCUGAUUUCACCAAGGGUAGGGCUGAGCUUAACACUAACAUACAGGAUAUAGUACAGGGAGGGACAGGAGUGUGUGUGUGACUGGAUUCAGAUACCUGCCAUUUACCUCAGGGUUGAGCAGAGCUGAGAGCAUUUUAAUUUUGACUUCCACACCUCUCUUCUUGCUGAUUUGUGUGAGGUCAGUCCUUUACUGUUGCUGUGAAUCAGCAGAGAUGGUGCUCUGAGACCAAGGGAACAACAAUCAGUAUGUGUGAUGUUUUCAUUGAUUGAUUUACUCCAGCCCUCCUACCUCUUUUACACAGCCUCUAAAUCUUACUUAAACCUUAUGUGCAGAGCAUAAAAAGUGAUACUGUUACAUCUGUAUUAAACUGCAGCCACUACAUGUAGAGUAAUGUCUAAGUCAUGUGAUAUCAUGCUUUUACAACCAUAUAUUACUUGUAGGCACUACAUUUGAUCUUCCCCUUGCAAUGAUGCAAUGAUUUGAAGUGUAUGAGCCUUGUUCUAGUUAUCUAUAUGGUGUCCAAAGUGAGUCAGGGUGUCUGAGCACAUUUUACAAGUUAAACACAGCUUAAAGGGAUAUUCUGGUGUAAAAUUUAGUUAGGGUCAAACACACCGUAACACCGAGUUAGACACCCCCUCAAGAGAUGAAUGUUGCCGACUGCUUGCUUCUCUAGUUAUACCAACUUUAGUAACGACCACAUGAUAGCAAUACACAGCGAUCUACGUCUCCACGCACAAACCUCAACCAAAACACCACUCUAUAGCCACAAAUAAUGCUCAGAACAACACCUAACUUCAUCAACAGUACAUAUAGGGUCCCAGCCAUAGUACUAGCCUUCAAACAUCUUUUUAGCUUUGCCUAAUUUCUUUAGCAAAGAGACUAAACACAACUCACCCACUCUCCUCCAGCAGCCGCUUGUUUGUGGGGGGAGCCCUGACGAGUCGAUCACAGAGUUUCACGGCUUAAGGAAGAACAUUUAUGAUUAUUACUACAUGGAAAUGCAAUCAGAGUUCUUGUGAAUCUUGUUUGUGCACUGCAGACGCAGUAGUUCUCCUGCCUUAGUGUCUCGGUCUGAUUGAAUCUCCAUGAAGUAAUAUUAAUAAAUUUUCCGCUGCACUCAGUGAUCGACUUGUCAGGGCUCCCCCCACAAACAAACGGCUGCUGGAGGAGAGCACUAUGGCUGGGACCCUACUGUUGAUGAAGUUAGGUGCUGUUCUGAGCAUUAUUUGUGGCUAUAGAGUGGCUUUUGGGUUGAGUUUUGUGCAUAGAGACGGCGACUGCUCUGUAUUGCUAUUUGCUAAAGUUAGUGUAACUAGAGAAACAAGCAGUCAACAACAUUCAUCUCUUGAGGUGUUGUAUAACUCUAUGUUACAUUGUGUUUGACCAUAAUUUAAAUUUACACCAGAAUAUCCCUUUAAUUGAUGUGGUUAGGUAGACACAUGGCUGAAAGAAGUCUGAAUAAGCCCCUUGAUUAUUCAAAAGUGUGUUUUGACCCAAAUGAUAAUCAAGCCAAUCAGUGAAUUUGUCUUUAUUUCCGGUAAGAGCCUUAACGUGCGCCUUAAGGCAGACAUGUUGCUUAGAUGUCUUAGUAAGAUGUGAAAAAGGCGUAGAUGCUCUCUGCUUUCUCAGUGCAACACCUUUGCGCUUGACCACACCUCAUUUGAAUACUGACAUAUCCAUUGGUGCUACAUCUGUGCAAGUUUACUCACUUUUUACACAAUGUAGGCACUCUACAUAAAAAAAAAAGUUUUAACUGUGUUUGGCAGAAAAUAAGGACCUGUCCUGCAUACUCUAAUGUUAUGUGCUGGAUGUUAGAUGAGGCCCCCAGUCUUCAUUGCUGCACAGACAGUCGGCCAGUGGAAAUAGAGGCACGGUCAUGUAGGAACUAACAUUGUGCUGACUCUUAAGGCAGGUCUGGAUUUGUGAUCAAAUCCAUGUUGACUCUUAAUUAAUAGCUGUCUUAUUUUUUUUGUCUCUCUGUCAGUGGGAUCAGAUUCAGGAGCUGCUGGGUCACCCUAUGGAAAAACCUGUUGUCCUCCACAGGUAAAGACAUGUCCUAUUCUGCGGACACACGUAAUGGAUCAGAGCUGUUUUAUUUGUCUAUCACAAAAAAAGAAUAUAAUUUGUGAGAGCAUGUUCAUGUUGUUAGUUAAGAAACUUAAAAUCUUUGAUGUUAUCUCCAUGAGGGUCCUCUCUGACAUGAUCAUGUUUGCUGUGUUUGGCAGGUCCUCUUCAGCCAAUAACACCAACCCUUUUGGCUCUACCUUCUGCUUCGGACUGCAGAGGAUGAUCUUUGAGGUCAGAAUACAAAUAUCUCUUACUGUAACUCUCACGUGUAUGAUGUAUGUAAACCUACAGUUAUCAAGAGAGCUCCAGUUGUCUGGAGGGCUUGAAGAAGAGAUCUUUUGUGACCACCUCAAAGCGACACGGAUGGGUCGUGUUUAUUUGGUCUUUUAUUCAAUCACGAUAGUCUGUAUCGAUUAAGUUUUUUUCUACUUUUUUUCCACUGGAAAACCAAAAUCCUAAAGCCUUUUUGUUCACACUUAUUUCUUCAGAAUUUCAGCACCAUAUAUUUUAGGGGUGGGAAUCACUAGUGGCCCCACUAUACAUUACUAUCACAAUACUCGGGCCACGAUACGAUAUUAUUGCAAUUUUUAACAUUUUGCAAUACAGUGAGUAUUGCGAUACAAUAUAUUGCAUUUAAACAAUUUUUUCAACUGUUUAUCUAAUUUAGCAUUUGUCUUUCCUUUAUGUUUGUCUUAUUUACACUGUAUUUUAUUUUCAUGUAGCACAUCUUACAAACCUCAUAUAUAUUUGUUGUACUAACUUUCUCCUGCUCUAUGACAUCACCUCUGCCAACCUCACUGGGCAAACUGCUGAUUUUAUUUUUGUUAUUGUUAUUGUUGACUUUAUAUUAGCAAUUAAUUUGAAAAUCAGUACUUGGUAAAUGAGACAAUACGAUAUAUCACCAGACAAAAUAUCGCAAUACUAUGCUGUAUCAAUUUUCUCCCACCCCUAUUUUAGUUACAUAUGCUCUAAAUGCGCUCAUAUUUGAUGUCUGUUCCUUCCACAGGUGAUGCAGAACAACCACAUAGCAUCAGUGACUCUCUAUGGAGCUCCACGGACCGCCAGUCAAGCCAGACCCGAGUCCAGUAGUAGUUCCCACUGAACAAAUAACCAGAACCAUAUCCCAUUUGGCCUGUCCUGAAUCUUGUACUUCUACUGACUGAACCUGUAAACCCAGAGCCAGAUUCCUUACCAAGCAGACCUAAACCAGAACAACAAAGACAUUCCUGCUCAUAUGCUACUCAUAAACCUGAACAUCAAACCAGAACCCACAACCAUCCAAAUCAAACCGGGCAUGAAUCAACUCUUCCUGCUGGUCCUGAAGACUCACUCUUACAGUCUGCACAAGAAGCCCAACCCAGGCAAUCCAGGAUCUGUUGUCAUGGUUACGGUGCUGGAGGACUGAUGCUUUGAAAUAAAAGUGGCAAAAUGAUGUCUUGGUUCUGAAAGGGGCUGAAGAAAUCAGUGCUUCAGUGGAGCUCAGCUAUUUCCUAUCACAUGCAGGGACUACAUUUACCACAAAACCAAGAAGAGUUUUCCCAGACUGUUGUUAGGUUGGCAUGGUUGCCUUGGUGACAGCGCUGUGACUGCAGUCUGUCUGUGAGGACAACCUCCAGAACUGUGCGGUGGAGAAAGAUCAACAUUUAAACAUCGUCUGCUACAAAUCUCAGCGUGAGACAUCAGAGAGUUGUAGGGAUGUAACAUCACCAAUCUGCCCACUGCAGCCAAAGUCUCAAACACACACUCUGGCAUGACCCACUGAAUACACAUCAACUGAUCACACUGCCAGCCCAACCAGGCAGCACAGCCUGUCUUCCUGCCACAGCUCCAGAACCAGACCCAAAACCAGAAACCACAAAAAUCAAACCAGCCCGAGCCAGAGCCAUCGAAAAGCUACAGAGGACUGUUACCAAAAACAGACAAACAUGAGGAUUCAGAUGUUGUCAGACAUGAGAACCAAACACAGUCGGGGUUAGGGGAGACAAGAGGAGCACAGCACACCCUGAGCAGCCUGGUGACCAGAUAUGAAGCCCAGGAAAGCCAAACGAUCCAAACACGUUACAUCAGCUCCACCGAAGAUUGUCUCCUUCAUCCAACCUCACAUGUACCCUCCUACAACCUUCUUCAGUGGUGCCCACGCACACACACACACAUACACACACACACUAGCACACAGCAGUAAGAACUGUAUGAACCUACAGCUGUUUGACGCUCCGGACGUUUGUGUCUUUGUCCUUGCUUACACACUCACAUAAAUGAGCAUCUGCAUGUGAUUGGCUGCUGGCUUUGAGAUGGACAUUUUAACUGACUGAUUCAAGCACACGCACUUACACACACACACACACACACACACACACACAGAGUUUCAGUUCCUGACUAUUGUCACAUGUAUUUCUGAUACAUGAGGUCCAGUUUAACAUUUUGAGCCUUUUCUUAAACACGACUCAAAAAUGGAAACAAGCAGGCAUGAUGUGAGAAUUUGCAUGAACUUGGCUGACGCUGUGGAAAGGUGAGACUGAUUACAAGCACAAACUGGCCACCUGCGCUCUUUGUUUGACCCUGCAUGUAGUGAAGACAUUGACCCGGCACACAGUUUGUUGUUUUGACCCCUCUGCCCUGCCUCACCCACGCACACCAUGACCACUUUAGUUGUAUUCUUUUCAAAACAACCAUUAUGACAUUUGCACUAAAACACACCUUUUUACUUGAUUGGUUAUGAUUUUCCGAUCCUUUGAGAUGUAAUUGUGGAGACUUUUGCAGGUGGUUGUGUGCGCGUGUGUGUGUGAAUGUGCGUGAGUGUUGACACAGCAAAGAUGUACAGUGGGUGUGUUUUUGCUGUUGUCUUCUGUGUUACUCUCUUCUUACUCUGUGCUUUCUUCAUCCCCACAUCUGACUGAAGUGUUGCAGUUCAUCCCUCGGCUUUUAUCUCUGCUUCUAUUUCUUCAUCAAAUUGCCAAAUGCUAUAGCCAAAGACGUUUCAGGAUGAUUUUUAUUUGAUCUGCUGACAUUAUCACUGUAAUCUUCAAUCUUUAAACCUGUCCUAUCGGAGCAGGCGUCUCCUUUCUUUUCUCCUUUAGUUUCUCAUCUGAGCGUCAAAGAAAGCCAUUAUCUUAGUCAAGCCUCUAAAUCCAGCUCCUGUUUCUUAGAACUGCAGACAGUAAUUGCACAGCAUGACAAAAGCUGACUUCAAUGAGAGGUUUUACAACAACAAUUGACUUGUCUGUCAUCUGGAUCUGGUUUCUGUCAUAGACACGUUAACUAAAUUACCAACCACCGUAGUCCAUCCUAGGGUUGUCUCUUCUACGGAGGUUAUUGUUGUUUUAAGGCGCUUUAAUUCAAAGAUUGAACAUGAUUUAAUUUUGGAAUUAGUAAAUAUGAACCCGUUUCAGAAAUGGGAAACACCAGGCAUUCCAUCAUCAAAUCAUUUGUUUGUCUAUUUUUCUUCCUCCCAAUGUUUGCAUUAAAAUUCUCUUAUCCUCAUGAGCAUUUGAAUAAACUGUGUAUUAAUUUUAAUACACACGCUCUCUCUUUUAUUGUCCUGGUGUGUACACGCCAGUGUUAAUGUUUGUUUUUUUUUCUUCUUUUAUUUUUUUCCUCUCUUGCUGAAUUCUUACUCGUUUUGAUCAACAUGUGUGAAGGCAUCAGGGUUGAACCAGGGUCUGUUACCAUGAGAACAUGCUCCAGUUUCAGGCAGUCGAGUGACAUAUAGAUGGUUUGAAAAAUGAUUUCUUUCUGAAUGCUUCAUCUCUGCAGAGUCUAAGUCGUUAAAAUUCACUCUGCCUUUUCUUUUUUUUCUACUUUAUUGAACAACUAAAGCAAACUGCAUUGAUUGAUCGGUUCAUUUUCAGCUUCCUCCAGCCAGCAGCAUCCACAUUUUUUUCAUCAAUGAAAAUGAACAAGGAAGCUUUUUCUUCACUUCUAUUGGAGACUUAUUGAUAAUAAAAACUCUGAUUUUUUUUUAGUCUUAGCUACUAAAGAAUGAAUUCAGAACUUUAUCAGCACAACUUGGCUUUUUUUUCAGGACUGUGAAGAGAAACUUGUGAUAGCUUAAUGUGCAAGUGAGCACUUUACAGAGCAUUUAGAAAAAUCUGUGUCAUCCAGUCAGAGAGAUGAUGUCUCUGUGUUCAGGCCCUGAUGCUUUGAGUUGAUGUUGAUGUACAUGCUGUAAAUAGUUGUGUGCUCUUAAUCUAGUGUCCUUUUAUUAAAAUGAUCUUAAUGGCACAGACACAACUGACUCAGGCACUGGCCGAGUAUCCUAAUAAUACUCCUCCAUGAUUCUGAUCACACGUACGACUCAGGAGGAGGCCUCAGCUCACACAUGGCUCAUCAACUAUCACUGGAAGUUGUUUUUGUCUUUCACUCCGGACCACUCAGUAUUGAAACGUGUUUAUGUGCAAUGCAAAAACUGCAGGUACAGAUAAGUGUUGGGUGCCAGACAAUAGCCCUGCUUGAGCUCUGCUUGACCCGCUACUGCAGGGUGUUAAUAUUUAACACCCAGAAAUGCCAUAAAAAUACAAAGAGGACAGAAAAACCGGACCUGUUUAGAGCUGUGAAGUCGAGAUGUUUGUGUCGAGUAGACAGUGGACAGACUCUGAUUUGGAGUCCAGCACUGGCAUGCUGCUGGAUCUGAUGUCCAUUUGUUUACACUUGAAAAAAAUCUGCCUUUGGCAGCAGCUUUCUUUUAGUCAAACUCAAAAGGAUGAGGUGUUUUCUGGAUGCAGAAGAGAUGAAAUUAGAGUUAUUUUAAAGGACGAAUUAAAAAAAAACAAACUAAUUUUUCAUCAAGUUUCCAGGUAGAAGAUGUUGAAGAAGAUUGACGGCUGUCCAGCAUUAAACGCUUUAAGUUCCCUACUUCUUACCUGGUCUGUCCACCUCUUGAGUCAAAAGAGGGAACUGUAUGAUAAUAUGAUAUACAAGCUGCAUUACAACAUUUUCUAAAAUGUGCUUUUCAGCAAAGUUAAGAGAAAAAAAAAACACAAAACUGUUGAACAUUGUGCCUCAUCUCCCACCGAGCCUGUCUUUGACUUCUGUCUCUAUCUCCUCUGUAAAAAGGAAUCUCCCUGUAAAUAGGAUUUGAACUGCAUCAUUGUACAGUACAUACGUGUGCGUGUCACUGAGCAUGAGCAGCAAGCGAACAUGUCAUUUGACCGUCUCAGCUGUUUUAGUUUUCCUGUUACCUGUAGAGAACAGCAGCUUAGGUUGGGUUUCCCAAAACGGGGAUGAGUUUUUACUUCUAUGAUGUUCUUGUUCAUUCAUUCUGUUAUGUUUCUUUGUUUAUUACAAGAAAACACCAAGUGUGCAAUUGUCCAUAUUUAAUCAUAAUGAAAACCACAGUUAUUGUGAAAUGUUUAACUUUUACAAUGCAGUUGCUAAAAUUUAAAGGAAAAUGCCUGAUGGUAUCUAAAUGAGAGAUUUUCUUUAAAACUGGUGGGAAACCAUGUGCUGCCCCCUCCGAUACUGAACUGAAAUAUGUUUAAAGUCCUACAGAUCUUCAAGCGUGCUCCAGAUUUGUCCGACUAGAGGCAGAAAGCUCACCAUGAAAGAAACAGAACAGUAGAUCUGAAAGGAAAUGCACGCAGGAAUCAGGCCUGAAACAGACAAAGUGUAACCUGUUUUGGUAAACCCAACCUAAGGUCACAGACGGUCAGUGCUGUGAGGAUGCUUUGUUACUGAUCGAGACAGAGAGAGGAGCUUUAGGGUGCUGGGUAGUUAAUCUCACCCAAACUCAGGUGGACAUAUCACAUCCUUGUUUUUCGACUAUUUUUUCAGUGAGAAAAACAAGUGAAAUCAGGAGGUCUGAGUGGUUUUGAACUUCCACCUUAUUUCUUUUUGUAUUCUUUGAUUGAAUGCAGGAAUGAAUGAUUGUCAUAAUCAGAUUGUUGUAAUUUAUAAUGGACGGCUUCAGUUCAGUGUAAUGAUAAUCUCAUAUUACCGCUUUGUAUUGUCUGUUAUUGGUAUCAUAUGUUCUGUUGCCCAUCCGGCUUCUCCUCCUCAGAAUUUUUUUUUUUUUUUUUUUAAUGUGGAUAUUUUAAAGCCCGUUUCUGGAAAUGGGGCGGUUCUGCUUAAUUCAAACUUGUGAAAUUCAUUGGAAUGUGGCGUUUUAUAUUUUGAAUACUUAGCUUUGUGUACAACGGAACAAGUCGACUUAUUCAGCAUGUCCACGGAAAAACAGGCAAUAACAAAACCAUGUAGUGCAAAGAGAAGGAUGAUGGUUGACUGAACGCUUCGCUGUGGCUGAAUGAAUCUUUGAGCUGUGUCCGAUGAGGGUGGCUGAGAUGAGCUACCGCUGUGCAAUCUAAUAACUCAAUGCAACAUUUGGACUUAAAUUAAAUCAAACGCUCACUGUUCAUUGACAGUCCAUUUUUGUGUGUGCAACCAGGAUAUGAAAAAAAAAAACAAUAAAAAUGUGGAUGUGAAAAAAAAGUGGGAGUUUUUUAUUCUUUAAUUUAUUCAACCUUGAAACUUUGAUACAAGCUUGCAAGUUUAACUUUUGACUGUGAGCAAAACCUCAACAUCUGUUUUGUGUUAAAGUCUGGCAGGAUUGUUCUUUCAUUAGUCACAAAGACAGAGACAGUUUUAUACUUGGGAGAUAAGCAGUCUGCCUCCAAAUCUGCCCUUUCCUCCAUGAUUUUCCUCUGCUCUUAUAAACUGGAUGUUUGUGAGGUUUUUUGUCGCUUCGUAAACAAAGUGCAGCUGAACAUUCGCUAUUCAGACGCAACCAACUUCUUUUAAUUUCACAUCUCCCCUUGUUUUUGUCAACAACUCCUAAUCACACAUUGUCAACCAGCUGUACUGUGCAUCUACACCACAUGUUGAGACUUCAGUCAAGCAUUGAGGUUGCAACAUCUUACUUUAUGUACUGAAACAACCUAGACAUCAUGUUGUUCCCUUGGACAGCAGACAUCCCAAUAAAUACCUUUGGAUGAUUUGUGAGCACAAACUUUCAACCAAAACUCAGACAUCACUUCAAAACUCAAUGUCAUGGAGCUUAA